AUGCGGUCGGCAUUGUUUAUUGGAACCCUUGUUCUUGCCUUCAUAGGCGGUAAGUUUCAAGCGCUUUAGAUCUAGUUGGCUUUUCAGUAUGCGAUUGUCGGGAACUUCCGCCGUCUGGGCCACCUCCUCCCCCGCCACCGCCGGAGGAGGGACGUAAACCGGAGCAUCCGCCGCCACCACCACCCCCACCACCACCUCCACCGCCGUCUCUUCCUCCAGGAUUUACUGGAUCCCCUCCACCGCCACCUCCUCCACCACCACCACAUUGGCCACCUCACAGACCUGGCAGACAUCAUCCACCUCCUCCUCCGCCACCACCGCCGUGUCCUCCUCCAGGAUUUACCGGAUCUCCUCCGCCGCCACCACCACCACCAUACUGGCCUCCACACGGACCACCUCACGGACCCCCGCAUCCACCACCAUCUCCUCCACCAGGCUUCACCGGAUCUCCACCCCCACCCCCACCACCACCGCCACAUGGUCCACCACACAGGCCAGGAAGACACCACCCUCACCCACCUCCACCCCCGCCACCACCCCCACCAGGAUUCACCGGUUCCCCUCCUCCACCUCCACCAUGCUUCACCGGAAGUCCACCAACUCCCCCAUCAGUGGUUUAA